AACCCUAGAGAUGAAGGGCUUCCUCCCACUGGCUUGGUUCCUGGCUUGUAGUCCCUGGAGAUGCCGGGAGGAGCUGGAGGCCUGGUGCAGGGAGAGCCUUGGGCUCGCUGUGAAAUCCUGGACAGGGCACCUUUUCCCUCUAUGCCUCAGUUUCCCGUUUGUGUGCCUGCUGUGCAAGGAGGCUUGCUGGACCUAAAAUCGAUGAUCGAGAAGGUGACAGGGAAGAACGCCCUGACAAACUAUGGCUUCUACGGCUGUUACUGUGGCUGGGGCGGCCAAGGAACCCCCAAGGAUGGCACUGAUAGGUGCUGUUGGGUGCAUGACCACUGCUAUGGGCGGCUGGAGGAGAAGGGCUGCAACAUUCGGACACAGUCCUACAAAUACAGAUUCGCGUGGGGCCUGGUCACCUGCGACAGCGUCCUGGCUCCAGUUGGAACACUUUCCUGAGAUGCACUUACUUCUCAGCUUCUGCGAUCAGAUUAUCACCACCGCCACCCUCCAGAGAAUUUUUACACAGGAAGAGCCAAAUUGACUCUCUAAAUCUGGUGUAUGGAUAUUAAAUAAAAUUCAUUCUCAAGGCUAAUAAAAACCACAUAGACAUUUUCCUCUGCUGUGGGGGAUUGCUGGUGCCUCCUUCUCUGCCGCUGGGGUAAUAAACCCAAAGUUAUCUACGUUGUCUCAGAGACAGAAAGGAAGAUUAGUAAAUGCAGGGUUUUCUGGGAUGAGCUUCAGGCUUUCUCUUGGGCUUAUUUCCUUAAACCUUGGGGUCCUCUCCAGUGUUGGGUCUCAUUCUUCCUCGAUGGGGUGGGGGAAAGAUAACUGGUUAUUAUGCCAGCUUCAGCUUCCAGGCCAGAGAGGGUGGCAUUGAGAUCCCAGUGCUGGUUUCUUCAGCUGUGUAGUCUUGGACCCAUUACUGAACCUCUCUGACUUUCAGUCUAUUUGAGAAAGAAACCCUCUUGUUUCUUGCAAUGUAAAAUGAGACUUCUAAAGCCCACCUUGUUGCUGAUAUGGGGGAUGCUAAGAUUCUAGGAUUUCACACAGCAGGAAUUUUUUUUUAAACAGGUGUCAGCUAUGGGGUUUAAUUUUUACAAAGUGAGGACAUUUAGAAAACCAACCCAUCUAUCAAUUCAUAAAAGAAAGGAUGUUUGUUCUGAUACCAAGACUGCAAGAAGAAAGGAUGUAUUCCAAAACAAAGGAACGUCCUUCCGAGAAAGUACCUAUGGCUUCUUUAUUCCGACAUACCCCAAAAUAACUGCAUGAUAAAUAGGGUCUAUAUUUAAAAAGCUCUAGUGGUGAAUGUUUUCAAAAUAAAAUUUAAUUUUAUGAGA